CCCGUCUGCUGCAAGCCCGUGUGCNCCUGCGAGCUGCGUGUCCAGCCCCUGCCAAUCAGCCUGCACCAGCUCCUGCCAGCCCUCCUGCGGCAGCUCCUCCCCCUGCCAGGAAGACAGCUGUGUGUCUGUCUGCUGCAAGCCCGUGUGCUGUACCCCUGUCUGCUGCACCCCUGUCUGUUGCAAGCCCGUCUGCUGCACCCCUGUCUGCUGCAAGCCCCUCUGUUGCACCCCUGUCUGUUGCGAGACCUCCCCCUGCUCAUCCUCCUCAUGCUGCCAGCCCCCCUGCUGCGCCCCCAGCUCCUGCCUGACCCUCAUCUGCACCCCUGCAAGCUGCGUGUCCAGCCCCUGCCAAUCAGCCUGCACCAGCUCCUGCCAGCCCUCCUGCAGCAGCUCCUCCCCCUGCCAGGAAGACUGCUGUGUGUCUGUCUGCUGCAAGCCUGUCUGCUGCAAGCCCGUCUGCUGCAAGCCCGUCUGCUGCAAGCCCGUCUGCUGCACCCCUGUCUGCAGCACCUNCUGCCCAGGGGCCUCCCCCUGCUCUGCCCCCUCCUGCUGCCAGCCCAGCCCCUGCUCCUCGUCCUGCUGCACGCCCUCUUCCUGCGUGUCCCUGCUCUGCCGCCCCGUGUGCAGACCCGCCUGCUGCGUGCCCGUCUCCUCCUGCUGUGCCCCCGCCUCCUCCUGCCAGCCCAGCUGCUGCCGCCGGGCCUCCUGCGUGUCCCUGCUUUGCCGCCCCGUGUGCUCCCGCCAGGCCUGCUGCAUCCCCGCCUCAGCCCAGAAGUCCUGCUGCUGACCGGGCACGUCCCCUGCCCCCCAGGGCCAGCUGGGCUCAGGACCCAUCCAGUGACGGUGGUCCUCCCAGCGCCCCCUCGGUCCAGUCCUGACCUGUGUUAGGUGGCUGCCCGCACCCAGGAUGGGGUCCCCAUGUGUCCACACUCCUGACCUCACCUUGAUCUCCUGCCUCCCCAGACCGCUGACCCCGCUGCUCCCCGGGGCUCCUGCUCCCAGGAGGCGCCUCCACCUGUUCUGGGUCCCUGUCCUUCCCUCCCGGUGUCUCUGCUCGGGUCCCUUGGCCUCAACAUCUGACCUGUCGGCCCCUCCUCGGGCACCCCAAUAAACUCACUUGUCCAACAGAUCUGCUUCCUUUCAUCUGACCCUCAUGGG